CAUCUGCUACAUUUUUCAACUCAUCUACAAAAUGUCAAUAAACCUGGCAGCACCGAGCGCAAAAUGGCUGCGUGUCGUCGGUGUCGUCGUACGUUGAUGAUGUCGUGCUUGUGUAACUAAUAACCUAUUACUUUAGACUAGUAAAUUUUAAAAGAAAAUUACUGAAAUAUCUUCGAAGCAACAAAACAAAUUAAAGUGACAAAACAACAACAACAAGAACGGAUAAAAGAAAUACAUCAACCAAUACCAAAACCACAAAAAUUACUAAUCAAUCAAAUCAAACCAAAACAAAAAAAGAAAAAGAAAAAAAAGAAGUAUAGAUUGCAGGCGCAUCAAGUACGCUACAAUUUUGUUUAUUUCCUCUUCUCCUCAUUGGAAGUGGGAAAUUCAAUAACAAACAAAAUAAACAACAAAAAAACGGCAAAUUAUUAUAAUCGAAUCCAAAAGUCUAAAGCAUAGAGUGUAUAUUCAUCAACGGCAAGCAGAUAUAUGAUUGAAAAACUGAAUCAUCUUUAAAACCAACAACAACAACCACCAAAAUUUAAAUAAAAGAAACAAAACUGUUUUAUAAGUUCUCGUGUUAGAAACACAAAAUUAUUCGAAGUGACAAAAAAAAACAUUUUUACUGCGCAAACGUACACGAAAUAAUUAGAAAGAAAAACAAGAGACCUACAACAAAAUAAAAAUUAAAUAAGAGAAAACAUUCAACACAAAGUUCUUAAACAACAAAACAGUAAAGUGGUAAAAUAACGAAAAACAGAAAAACUAAAAUAAAAUAAAAAAUUUCUUUCACUUUCCCAUCAAUCAUAACAUGAAUAAUGUCGAAUAAUUUCCUCGGUUUGGAUAAUAAUUCAGCGAUUUCCAAGAAUUCCGCUGAGUGCCUGUUGAAUUUGUUUCAAUUCAAUAUAUUGAAUAACGGUGGCAGUUCGGGAAACGCGUCGUCGAAUCAUUUAAACAACAUCAUUGGAGGCGGCAACACCUCGUCGAUCAGUAACGGGUUUGUGAACAACGGAGUGUCGAACACGAAGCCAAUAUAUUUUGGCGGAACGGGCAAACCGGGCGGAAACACGGGACGAGCAAUCACCAACACUGGUAAUUUGGCGAAUUCGUCGUUUGGACAGCAGGACGUCUUUUCGAAAGCGGCUAGUGAAUUGAUUGGCAACGACUACAAGAGUGGUGUACAUCGGUUGAGCAACAGUAGCGGUGAUAGUAGUAUGGGCAGUCAAGCUAAACCAUUUAACGAUGCCUCAUCAUUUGGUGGUGAUUUUAGCGAUUUCUUGAAUCGUGACCCAUUUUUUGCGUCCAUGCAAACACCGUCACCGCGUUUGAACAACAUUUCAAACAAUGCAUUCCCUCCAAUCGGUACAUUCACUUUGGAGUCAACGAACACUCAGCCAAAUCCAAUGUUUGCACCACCAGCAGACUACUUCAAUGCUUCUAACCAUAGUAAUAACAGUUCUCAUAUGAAUGGUUCCGUCGGAAAUGCUAGCAAUCCGUCGAAUGCAUCGUCGGUGUUUAACUCUACUAACAACAACGGAGGCGAUCCGAAUCAAGCGACCAGAGAGACUGGCAUCAUCGAAAAACUUCUGCAGCACUCUUACGGAUUCAUACAAUGCUGCGAAAGACAGGCCCGUCUAUUCUUUCAUUUCUCGCAAUUCAGUGGAAACAUUGAGCAUCUGAAAAUUGGCGAUCCGGUUGAAUUUGAAAUGACUUACGAUCGUCGUACAGGAAAACCUAUUGCCAGCCAGGUAACCAAAAUCGCUCCCGAAGUAGUCCUGUCGGAAGAACGAGUGACUGGAACGGUCACCACUGAACUGAAGUCUGAUAAUUCGACAACGUCUACGGGUGGCGAGACAACGACUGGACGCAUCAGCUAUGAAAAUCGCGGAGAAUGUUUCUUUUUGCCAUAUAACAAGGACGACGUUGAAGGCAAUGUUACAUUGCGAGCUGGCGAUAAAGUAAGCUUUCAAAUAGCUACGAAUCAGCGUGGCAAUUUGGGUGCCUGCCAUAUUCGGUUGGAGAAUCCCGUACAUCCAGUGAAAUAUCGAGGUGUCGUUUGUUCAAUGAAGGAAUCGUUCGGAUUCAUCGAACGUGCCGAUGUGGUCAAAGAAAUUUUCUUUCAUUUCUCUGAAGCUGAAGGUGAUAUUGAACUUCGCCCUGGUGAUGAUGUCGAAUUUACAAUUCAAACCAGAAAUCUAUCACCAGAACAAGGUAAAGAAGUCGCGUGCAAUAUCACACGUCUGCCACCAGGUUCGGUUGUUUUUGAAGACAUUGGUACGACUCUUCAUACGGGUCAAGUUUUGAAGCCGCUAGAUCGAGCCAAUCCUCAACGCCACAAUAAUGAUCCCCUUCCCGGAAGAAUCCGUUACCGUGCACAAGAUCAUUCUGAAGUUGAAGUCCAAUUUGGCGAUAAGGAUCAGAAAGGUGAUUUUACACUACGCCAUGGCGAUUGGGUACAGUUCCUGCUCGCUACCGAUCGUCGUGACCAGUUGCAACGCGCUACAUCAAUUUCACUUAUGGACCAAACGUUUGAGGUUUCGGGUGAACGUCGCGAACAGGGUGUUGUAUUUUCGCUAAAAGAUCAGUUUGGAUUUUUGCGCUGCGUCGAUCGAAAUGUUCGUUUAUUUUUCCAUUUCACCGAAGUCUUGGACACCACCCGUGAAAUAUGCGUUGGCGAUGAAGUCGAAUUCACAACCAUCUCCGAUCCAAGUGCAAGUUCGUCGAAUAUUCGUUUCAGUGCCAUUCGAAUAAAACAUUUACCUCCCGGAAAGGUUCAAUUUGAGACGCUAAUGGAGAAGAGCGUUGAAGGUGUUGUGACUAGAGAGGCACCGAAAAGUCCAAUCAAAUCGCAGGAACGAAUGGAGGGAGGUGUGAUUACGUAUGCUCAGGCCAAUAACAAAAAGACUAUAAUGUAUUUUCUAAAAGACUGCGAAAAACCACCGAGAGUCGGAGACCAUGUACGCUUCGAUAUUUGUCAGGUUAAACGAAACAAAGAGCUAAUAGCCGUCAACAUCACCGAUAUCAAUGCAACUCAGUCGACCAACGCCAUGAACGGUUCAAGUCAGUCCAAUGAUAAUCAAUCGAUAACGGACGAAGUUCCGCAGCAUCGUUCGAACACGAAUAAUGUAACACGUGCUUCACAAAACAACAAAAAGUCGGAAGAUUCCAAUGGGACUACGUACCAAGGCUUCAUAGCAGUGCUCAAAGAAACGUUCGGCUUCAUUGAAACGGUCAAACAUGACGAAGAGGUGUUCUUUCACUUCAGCAAUUGCAUCGGUAAUCCGAAUUCGUUUGAGCUGGGACAGGAAGUGGAAUAUACGUUGGCCAAACGAAAUGCUAGCAGUGGAGGAGCGUGUUUGCCCGGGGAGAAUGUGAAAAUUUUGGAGAAAGGAACUAUUCCGCAACCGGCUGUUAUUGAUAAAAUUUACAAUGGCAUUGUCACGAGGCCAUUGCGCUGCACAAAUCCGAAUCAGCAGCAGUAUUCGGGAUUGAUUGACUGUUUGAACGAUGCGGGCGAGACGGUGUCCACUCACGAACUGGGCAUCACUAGUUUGACCAAUAAGCGCGAUUUAUUGCAAAAAGAUGACUACGUUGUUUUCAAAAUUGACGAUAGUGGCCGUGCCGCUGAUGUAACAGCCGUAAGACAGAAGAAACGCGCCAACGUUGAUUCGAUUAAAGGACAAUUUGGAUUUUUGGACUACGAGGUCGAAGAGGGGAAGAAGUUAUUCUUCCACAUGACCGAAGUACAUGGAAAUGCAAAUAAUUUGUAUGCUGGCGAUUCGGUGGAAUUUUCCGUUGUUACGAAUCAGCGCACUGGCAAGUCAUCGGCCUGCAAUGUCGUCAAAGUCGACAAUUCAUCCACUCGGCCAUCCGGACUAUUCAUACGCAAUAAAUUGAACUCUAUCGAUGAAACUGUGCCUCGAAUGAUUGCAAUUCGUCAGCCUAAAGGACCGGAAGGGAAAGGAUUCUCGAACGCAUGCAGAGCGAUUCGUUUACCCGGCGUCUCGGUGGAAUAAACACAAAUUAUCAACAAACAAAAAAAACAGAAAAUUUCUUAUACUCUUUAAUGUCCAAAGAUUCACAGAAUAACAAUAAAAUAUUGAUGCGAAAUGA